AUGUCAGUUCUGAUCGUGUAUGUUGAUGACAUAAUUGUUACUGGAAACCAUAUUGAAGAGAUGAGUAUGAUUAAAGAAAGGUUGGCAAAGGAGUUCGAAGUCAAAGAUCUCGGUGCUCUCAGGUAUUUUCUGGGAAUGGAAUUUGCUAGAAGCAAAAGAGGGAUUUCUGUGUCCCAAAGGAAAUACACUCUCGAUCUCUUGAAGGAGCCAGGAAUGCUUGGUAGCAAGCCCAACAAAACUCCAAUUGAGCUUGGAGACAAGAGGAGAAUGUUUGAAGGAAGUCCAGUUGACAAAGGGAGGUACCAACAGCUAGCAGGGAAGCUCAUCUACCUCUCACAUACUAGACCUGACAUUGCCUUUAUGGUAAGUUUAGUCAGUCAAUAUAUGCAUAAUCCUUGUCAGGGACAUCUCAAUGUAGUAUAUAGAAUUAUGAGGUAUCUCAAGCAAAAACCAGGAAAAUGUCUUUUCUUCAAAAAGACAAACGAGAGGAAGAUUGAAGUGUUCACAAAUGCAGAUUGGGCUGGGUCAGUUGAUGAUAGAAAAUCUACACCUGGGUAUUGUAUGAUUGUUUGGGGUAAUGUAGUUACACUGCGAAGUAAAAAGCAAACGGUAGUUGCGAGGAGCAGUGCAAAGGCAGAAUAUAGAGCCAUGGCCCAUGGAGUAUGCGAAGCAAUUUGGAUUAAACGCCUACUAGAGGAGUUAAAAAUUGAGUAUGUAGCUCCCAUCAACUUUAUUGUGAUAAUCAGUCUACCAUCAGCAUUGCACAUAAUCCUGUACAUCAUGAUCGAACUAACACAUGUAGAAGUGGAUCGUCACUUCAUCAAAGAGAAGAUUGAUGGAGGAAUCAUAAGUAUUAGAUAUAUACAUACAUAG